ACGUAUUUCUCCACCUACGACGCUAUAAGAGUGGUGGCAGAUUAGUCAGCCUCAAUCUGUCAAACUUGGUGAUUGAUUAUGAUAGCCAUGAGGAGUCUCUUUCUACUGCCAGCUAUACUUAGUCUGAGCCUCAGUCAAAGUGCUGUGCCACAAAUACAGGUGAUACCAGAAGGAUUAGAGUCGGUCAAUGGAUCUGCUGCCAACAUGGGUUGUGUGGUUGAUCUGUUCAAUGGUACAACAUGUGGGAGUCCAGGGAGCUAUCUGGUGGAUGGGUCUUCUCCACUAAUCAACACUGAUUCUCCUGACUGGGCAUCUCGGCUAGUGACAGUGAAAAGGGACGAGCGUGACCCUGGAAUCUUUAUUCCGCAUGUUCUGCUGACAUUUGGCUUUGACACAGCUGUGCCUCUGUCUGGAAUUGAGAUGGACUUGUUCAUCUGCCCUGACUGGAACAUUAGUGCUCCAUACGUUACCGCGUACCUCAAUGAAGAGUACAACUUAACCUUCACUCCUGAGCUUCAGUUUAUCACUGGAAAGCCUUCCAGCCAGUCAUCAUGUGACUCUCUAACAACCCUGAGUAUUUCUGGAGACAGACUAUCUUCGUCCUAUCGCACAGUGCAUGUUCUAGUGGAUUUCCUGAAUGAUCCGUCCAUUAAGUGGGUGUUUAUCGGAGAGAUCAAAUUCUUGGCAGGU